AUGACGACCAAGACAACAUUGACAAUGACCUUUACAAUGAAUAAGUUCGAAAUCCUACAGUACAAUGUGAACAAGUCGCAGCCAGUCAUGGCCUCGUUUCUCCGGGACGAUGAGGUACUAAAGGCCAGCAUCAUUGCGGUGCAGGAACCGUGGAGGAAUACCUUUUCCAACACCACACAGCAACCAGCAUCAGCCUCGUUUCAGCUGCUCUAUCCGAAAACGCCGGACGACGAACCACCAGGGGUGUGCUUGUAUGUGUCGAAGGAACUCGACCCAAGGGAAUGGUCCUGCCAGCUUGUGAAUCGUGACUACCAGAUUUCAAAGUUACGGAAGACGCAUCGGCAUGGAGAAUGGACGGAUCUUCAAUCAAUCAAUCAAUCAAUACUUCAUUUGCCCGAUUCCAACUACCCACAGUAUUUCAACUGCCCAAACGUCCUCGCUGCACCAAUUGUCCUCGUUGCACCCUCAACUGCCCUCUGCUUCCACCAGCUCCCUCGAAUCACCGAGGUCUCGCGUCACUGA